AUGGCAAAGCAAUGUUUUGAAUGCCUUGCAGGUAUGGGCAACUGGUCUCAAAAUGAAACAUCUUAUUUGAUGGAGAUGGAGAUGGACUGAAAUGAAGUUGAUUACAGUAGAAGUGUCUCAAAGGUAUGAGUAGGAAAAAGUCACAUUUCUUAAAGGCAUCAGCUGAGGCAACCUGGAAAGGUGUAAGGAGAAGGAGAGCAUCUGGGCAGGUAAGUACUGCAAUGUUGGACAUUGACUAAUUAAGACAGGUAGUAGAAGAAGGUGAGGUGGGCUUCUGCAAAACCGGGACAUGGGUAGCACCAGGGUCGUAUGAGUUAAAAUUGAUGAGGUAGGAAGCAGCACUACUUGAACCAGAGAACUUUUGCAAACAUGAGACAGAUGCAUUUGGGUUUAAAGUCUGGGAAAAGAAUGGCUGAGAAUCCACUGAGAUAGGGUCAAAAAGAUUUGCAUUUUAAAGUCUGGAUAAGGCACACAGGACUACAAUAUUGCAGUAGGCAGAACUCUUGUAUAUGUAUGAAUUAUUUCUUGGGUGCAAUAAAGCAAAAUAUCAAGCAGUGACUUUAAGGAGCCUUAUGAAGAGUGGGAGGGUUUUGGGCAGAAUUAAGAUCUGAAUUCUAAAAACAUGAAUAACACAGUGUAGAAGAGAUAAUAAGGUGGCUCAGUGGCUAAGACACUGAGUUUGUCGAUCGAAAUCCCUAGUGCCACAUAACAGGGUGAGCUCCCAUUACUUGUCUCAGCUUCUGCCAACCUAGUAGUUCAAAAGUACAUAAAAAAUGCAAGUAGAAAAACAGGGACCACCUUUGAUUCCGUGCGCCUUUGGCAUUUAGUCAUGCCGGCCACACGACCAUGGAGACGUCUUCAGACAGCGCUCUUCAGCUUUGAAAAUGAGAUGAGCACCACCCCUUAGAGUCAGGAACAACUAGCACAUAUGUGCGAGGGGAACCCUUACCUUUAGGUAAUGCUUUGUGCAUUUGUUUUAAUUCCCAUAAACAUUCUUUUUUGCUUGCUUUUCUCCUCUUAUUAGAAACAUAUCUACAUAUUCUAUUCUAUUCUAUAUUAUCCUGUGCAAUUCUCUCUCCCUCUCUCUCUCUCCCUCCCUCCCUCCGUCCCUUCCUCCCUACACACACACACAUUUUGUUGUUUUGUUCAGUUAUUUUGCCUUGUUGCCAAAAAAUGGCAUUUCUUCAGAACCUUUGUAGGGCUUGAUAAUAGCUACCAAACACUGGCUUGUUUUUGGUUUGUUGCUUUUGCUUUCCUUUGCUGUAGAAACUUUCCUAUUCCAGAGAUAUUUAGGGUGAGAUUAGCACACUUUAUUUGGGGUUCUUACUAUUGGUUGAUUGAAUAAGCAUGUCUGCGAUCUAAUACUGUUACUGAGGUAUCCAAGUAAUUGAAAUUAGUUCUUAGUCCCUAAAGUAAAGCAAGCAGCAGAAAACACCACUCCUGACACAAGUGCCUUUCCCUGAUCAGCUGAUGAGACAAAGCAAGGAGAGCAAGAUUUCAUUUCAGGUUUCAUAACAUUCUAUUUUAAAAUAUCUGUGGAUUAGAAUAUUAAAACAUUAACAUUCUACUCUUUAUAAUAUUUCUUUUACAAAACAGUUUUGGCAAGAGAAAGGUGUAAAGGUGUGGGGAAAGGAGACAUACUUUGCCUUUUCAUUUAAACCUAGAUUUUAAAUUUAUUUUAUAACUUCAAACCAAAACAAUAAAGAGGCAUUGUCUGUAGUAAACUUUUAUUCAUUGUGCAAGGGAUAAUGGGCAAGAGGACAUGAAUGGGAACCCAUCUAUUAAUGCAGAUAGAUAGAUAGCCUGAGGGAGAGAAAAUAGAAAUCAGAAGAUCCUUUCAUCCUUCCCUUCUUGGUUUUGUCUCACCUCUGGGUCAGUGGGAGGAAAGACACUGAAGCUGUUCCUAAUCCCACAUGAUCAGAUGCUUGGCAACUGACUCAUAUUUAUGACGGUUGCAGUGUCCCAGGGUCAUGGGACAUUCUUUUGCAACAUUCUGACAAGCAAAGUCAGUGGGGAAAACCUAUUCAAUUAACAACCAUGUAACUAACUUAACAACUGCAGUGAUUCACUUAACAACUAUGGCAAGAAAAGUUGUAAAAUGGGUCAAACUCAAUUAACAAACGUCUCAUUUAGCAACAGAAAUUUUGGACUCAGUUUUGGUUGUAAGUCAAGGACUACCUGUACUGAAGAUUGUUUCUCCAUUGCAGUCAUCUUUAUGGUCCCAUGCUAAUGUCUUAACCUGCUGUACAAUCCCUUCAUUAGCAAAUUUGAGCAGGAUAUCUUCAUGGACGGGGAGGGGAAGCACUGCCUCUCAGCAGAAGGGAGGUAAAGAAAAAUUGUUUCAAAAGUUAUCUUAAUAUUUGUGUCUCCUCCUUCUAUCAUGAAUGAUGGCUGUGUUGCUGGGCCAAUUCAGGCCACCCAGAACAUACACAAGCCUGACAAACAGGCUUUGUAGGUUGAUAGAGCUGGGUGGUAAAAUGCUAUCUUAUCGAACUGUAGGCAGUAUCUAUGUUUUGAAAAAAGCCAGUUCUUCUAAGUAAUUGUGCAGUCCAUCAUCUCAUAAAGUCCCAUUACAUUUGCGCCAAGUUCUUGCUAUCAGGAGAAAAGUGUGAAAGAAUGGAAUCACAGUGGGCUUUGCCUAUACCAGUCUAAAAUUGCCAAUGGGUACCAGUUGCAGUCAAUCUUCUGCACUAAUAGUCAAUCAGCUACCUGACAACAGUAGUCAAUCAACUGCCUGACAGCUGCCUGACAGAGAUACACACUGGAUUUUAUACAUUUUAGAAUUGUCUUAACAUGUUUCAGUUACAUCAGAAUGGCGUGGGUUAAGCUGCUUCUGGUAUGAGUUGGGGUGAAAGUAAAUACAGGAAUUCUAAGAAAAUAAUAAAGCAUUUUUUCAACAAUUAGAUACACAUAAGAAAAGGUCUAUGGAUUUGUUUUCUGAGAGUUUCCCUUCUUAUGUUAUUCAUUAAAUAAAGUAUUUUGUUAGAUUGUAAUAAUUGCAAUCAAGUAGCCAAUUAUAUCCUCAUAGCAAUUCAUCUCUCUCUCGUCGUUGGAACAGUUGCAUUUUUAAAAAGUUUGCUAUGAGGAAAUGAAAUAAAAAACCAAACCAAGUGCCAACCUGGACUUAGUAGUAUUAUUAUUGCACCUGUUGUGUGCCCUGUCAAAAUCUCUUUAAAAACACUACCAUUUCCCGUAUUUCCUCAUUAAAACAACUUUCGGUUUUGACAGUAAAAGAGAAUAUUUCCCAUAUGAAAAAAGUAGGGUAUUUCCUUAUGAGUCAUAGUUAGGGGUGUAAUUAAUACUAAUAUAAAAAGACAGCCGCUCUAAAUAAUCCAAUUUUCAAUAAAUGUCUCAGUGACAUGAUUGCUGAUCUCCAGCAUGGCAAACAUCCUAUCCUGUUGAAUUAAUAAUCAAAUAUGGAUUCCACAAGAAGAACUAGUAUUGGAGAUUGUGGCUGCAGUGUCUACAAGCAUGGUUUCUUCAUAAAAUCACCACCACCUCAGCUUUUUAAUAAUCAGGUUUCCUGGAAAAAGAGAUAUUUUAUUCUUUCUCAUUCUGCCCAAAAUGGUUACAUCUUAACCUAUCAUAAAGGCCAGCAAAUAAAGGGUCACAUUGAAAUUAAUGAGGCUUCAAAAAUAGAAAUUGGCAUAGGUGACUUUGAGAAAAUGUCUGUUGUGAAAAAGAUGUUCAAGUGCCAGUCCACUGAAGUGAUGAGUAUCAGUACAGAGAAUAGAGUAUUUUACCUUAUUGGAAGAGAUAGCAAGGAAGUUGAGGAAUGGGCCACCUUCCUGUUUACAUUGUGCUCAGAAAAACAGAAACUGAAAGUCAGAAGUCGGUCCAAAUCUGUCCCAGCCUGUCUUGAUGACUUGGAUACUACCUCUAUCACCAAAAAGGAUCAGUGUCUUGGCACUAAAUAUGAAGACAUAGCAGCACCAGCUUACCAAAAAAGGCCAAACUCAGACCCUAGCUGUCAAGAAAUCCAGAAAGAAAUACAUAUUUAUGAGUCACCAAGAAAACUCCUACAACGCCUGAGGCAACUAACAAAUAUUCCUGUUGAAGAACAUCAAGAAAAAGACAAAGAAGAAUAUUAUGCUUCUCCAACAAGUCUUUUAGCACAGUUGGAUGAGGUGAUUGAUGGAUUUAAUACUCUGGGAGAAUCUCGCAUCCCAGAAAAUGAAAAGUUCAGUAGCACUAAAGAAUACAUGUCCAUGAAAGAUUUGGUUCCAGAAAUGGUGGAAAAUAACAUAAAGCCAAAAGAUGUCAAUAAUGAAUUAGUGAUCCUUACCCAAAAUCAGAUGGAUAUACAAGUGGCAGAAAAUAGUCAACACGAACAAAAGCCAUUAUCAAGAAUAUUGGAAAAAACACACAAAAUCUUCUUUUUAUCAGUGGUUCAAUUGUCCAUUAUUCUCAGUAAUAUCACAGAUGAUAACCAGUUGGAGCAGGUGGAUAUUCUCCUUCCCCAGAAUAAUCUUAUUUCCUACUUAACACUUGUUAAAGCUUCUGGAUGCAUAUGCAUUUCUCAGUGGAAAGACCCAUAUCGUUUAGGAUGCAUAUUUCAUCAAGGAGAUUAUAUAGUGGCUGUGAAUGAUUUGCAAAUCAAAAAUAUGGAUGAAAUCUUUUGGUUCAUAAGUAGAUCUACAAGAAAGGAGGUAAAACUGACAAUAAAUCGACUCCCAAAUUCAGAGAUUUUGCAUGUUCCAGGAUGCAAGUGUCCAUAAUGGCAUAAAAGAAUAGUAGUCUCAACAUCUUUUUUACAUCGUGGCGACCAAAACUGGAUGCAAUAUUCCAAGUGUGGCCUUACCAAGGCAUUAUAAAGUGGUACUAACACUUCACGUGAUCUUGAUUCUAUCCCUCUGUUUAUGCAGCCCAGAACUGUGUUGGCUUUUUUAACAGCUGCUGCACACUGCUGGAUCAUAUCUAAAUGGUUAUCCACUAGGACUCCAAGAUCUCUCUCACAGGUACUACUAUUGAGCAAGGUACCACAUAUACGGUACUGGUGCAUUUUGUUUUUUUGGCCUAAAUGUAGAACCUUACUUUUUUCACUGUUGAAUUUCAUUUUGUUAGAUAGCGCCCAAUGUUCAAGUCUGUCAAGAUCUUUCUGUAACUUGAGCCUAUCUUCUGGAGUGUUGGCUAUUCCUGCCAGCUUGGUGUCAUCUGCAAAUUUGAUGAGUUCCCCAUCUAUCCCCUCGUCCAAGUCAUUGAUGAAGAUGUUGAAGAGUACUGGGCCUAAAACAGAGCCUUGGGGUACUCCACUGCAUACUUCCCUCCAUGUGGAUGUAGUUCCAUUGAGGACUACACAUUGAGUGCGGUUGGUCAGCCAGUUACGAAUCCAUCUGGUGGUGGUGCUGUCUAACCCACAUUUUUCUACUUUAUCUAGUAGUAGGUUAUGGUCUACUUUAUCAAAUGCUUUACUGAAGUCCAAGUAAAUUAUAUCGACAGCAUUCCUCUGGUCUACUAAUUUUGUCAUUUUGUCAAAGAAUGCGAUAAGAUUAGUCUGGCAUGAUCUGUUUUUGACAAACCCAUGUUGGCUUUUGGUUAUUACUUUGUUUGCUUCUAGGUGUUCGGUGAUUCGUUGCUUGAUUAUCUUUUCCAGAAUCUUCCCCGGUAUUGAGGUCAGACUGAUAGGUCUGUAGUUUUCCUGGAUCUGUUUUGAAGUUUUGCAAGGAACUGAAAAAAUAAAAACAGAAACUAAUUUGGGAAGAUAUGGUUUUGCUUUAAUCUCACGGAUGUAGCUUCCCAAACCACCAUUAUUUGAUUCUAAACAUGUAGGAAGGAUUCAUCUUUUUUUACCUUUAUUUCUUCUGAUUAUAGACACUAUGACCUAUGUUCCGAUCUAUGAUAGGGAUUAAAUAUAACAUGAACUAUAGCAGAUCUGAUACAUAUCAACAUCCAGUUUAAAAUAGAAAGUUGGAUCUCAAUAAUACUAGGCUGUGGUACUAAACUAAAUUUACCUUUGAUUAUUCCAUUAAAUUCAGUAGAGUUUAAAAACAAUCAAGGAUUAAAAAAAUUUGGCUGAAAUUUUGCUGAAAUUAAAAAUUUCCUAUAAGAAGGAUGAUCCUACUUAAUGAAGUAUUUCUUCUCCAGAAUAAAAUAAUCGCAGCUUUUAUUUAAUUGUAUUAAAUUAGGUUCAAACAAAAAUCAAUUUCCAUCAUUCAAGAUAGUCAGAUAUAUUUGGAUUUUACUGGAAAAAACAUUAAAAUUCCAUGUUGGUUCUGAUAAGAAAUUAAUAUAACAAUACUUGUUUAAAAAUACAGGAAAAUAUUUUGAAGAAAAUAACUUUUAAUCAGUUAAAAAACAUUUGGGGACUUUUGAAAAAUUAACUAGUACAAUUAACUAGGAGGUAAUAUGAACAGCUAACAUAUUUGUUAUGUUCCUUGUUUGAACAGUGUAUUGAAGGUUUUAUAAAAACAAAAACAAUAUUCAAUAUGAUCAAACUUUUAAAAUAUUAAAGACAUAAAUUUGGACAAUAUGCAAAAACAUACUGAAUAGGGGACUUGAAUAUCCCAUAUUGCAAAAUUGAUGGUCUUGAAUUCUAAGAAAUGAUAAGUGUGAUUCAUUUAAUUCAUCUAAUUCUUUUUCAGAUAUAUUAGAUACUUCAACAGAUCUUCAAAAAAGUUUACCUUUUUGUGCUGCAGAUAAAUGUUCUUGUAAGAGGUUCUUGUAUGAAAUUGAGGUUAAAAGAUCUCCAUGUAUUAUUAAUUAUAUUCUAAAAAUCUGGAAUUAUUUUAAUUUAUCUUUAGGUGAAUUGUGUCUAAGACUGCUGCCGAAAAGAUCAUUAUAUAUGUCAUGUUUCUCCAGUUUUGAAAUGAAAUAUGAUGAUUCUUGGCAUUUGAAUUGGUUUUGUGUUGAUCAAAAGAUAAGAAUAAGAUCAAGUAUGGUGUAGGAUUAAUUCAUGGUUUACAAACUGAACUGUAACCAUGUGUACAGAUAUGAUAUCAGUUUUAUAUCAGAGAAACAUAUGUAAGGUUAAUUGCACAGUGUAUGUUGUACAUUGGCUUUUCCUUAUUUUUACUGUUUAUUUCUUCUAGAUAUGCUUCUUUUUAGGUUUCUUUUCCUUUUUAGUUUGUUUUGUUUAAUUUCUAAGUACAGUACAUAACUCAUAGCUUUAAAUGAGAAUUAAAAGUUUUGUUCUCACAUGUCAUUAUUUAUGCUGUUUACAAACACAAUAAAAUUUAUUUUUAAAAAGAUAUAUAAAUCCACAGCUGACUUUGUCAUUCUUCAUCUUCCUUUUUACUGUUUUCCCCAAAUUUGUAAGCUAUGCUUUAGGAUGAACAUUGCUUCAGUAUAGCCAGAGAUGUUCAGAAGAAAAUAACAAACAAAUUGACACAUGGCAUUCCAAGUAUUAAUCUGAGAAAUCUGGAUUCUACAGACCAGAAGACACUGCAUUAACAAUUCGGGCAAAUUAGUAUAGCAGAGCUCUAUUAGUAAUGCAUAUUUAGAAUUAUGAGACAUAACUAAAUUUAAUCAUACACUGACUUUAUGUUCAGUAAGGAUCCUGAAAUAGGGACAGAAGCAGGGGUGAAAUGCUCCCGGUUCAGACCGAAUCGCCUGAUCCAGUAGCGAUGGCAGUGGGUGAU